AGUAUAAUAACGAAUUUUAGGUUUGCUGAGUGCGGGGGCCAUGGGUCUAUGGCAUGCAGUUGAAUUUUAUGAAAAAGAGAAGGUGGUAGGAGAAGAAUAUUAUCAACAAUGGAAUUCCAUCCUGCAAGAAUACACAACGACAUCUUACGACUGGAGUUUCGUGCUUGCAUGGCUGGGUGUGAUGUUUUCGCUGUGUUCGUCGUUUUUGUUCGUGUUCGGCGCCUGCUGCCUAGGCAGCGAGAAAGAACGUGAACAACUGAACAACGUGCAAUACAUAAUGCCAGUUUACCCCCAAAAGCAGCAGUACGCGUAUGCAGGAUACGCUGUACCCCCUCCACAGGCUUAUCCUGCUCCUUACUACACAACAGGCUCGACGUAUGGUCCAUACAAUUAUUAAAAAAAAUCCCCUUAACAAUGAUUAAGUAAUACUUUUAUUAAAUUUCUUCGGCUAUUUGACAGACUGAGUCGUUUUCGUUAAUACUCAUGAUCAGACAAUUUGAUUUAAAAACAUACA